AAAAAGCAAGUGAGUCAAACAAAGAUCCGGGUGAUCUCUACCAUCCUCUUCAUCCUGGCAGGCUGCGUUGUCUUUGUGACCAUUCCUGCAGUUAUCUUCAAACACAUCGAAGGAUGGACAGCCUUGGAAUCCAUCUACUUUGUGGUUGUCACUCUGACUACUGUUGGCUUCGGUGACUUUGUAGCAGGAGGAAAUGCUGAAAUCCAUUACCGGGAGUGGUAUAAACCCUUAGUGUGGUUCUGGAUCCUCGUUGGCCUUGCCUAUUUUGCCGCUGUCCUGAGUAUGAUUGGAGACUGGUUAAGAGUCCUGUCCAAGAAGACAAAAGAAGAGGUUGGAGAAAUAAAAGCCCACGCGGCGGAGUGGAAAGCGAACGUGACGGCUGAGUUCAGAGAGACCCGUCGGCGGCUCAGCGUGGAGAUCCAUGACAAGCUGCAGCGGGCGGCCACCAUUCGGAGCAUGGAGCGCAGGCGCCUGGGCCUGGACCAGCGGGCCCACUCCUUAGACAUGCUCUCUCCAGAGAAGCGCUCUGUCUUUACUGCCUUGGAAACAGGACGCUUCAAGGCCUCAUCUCAGGAAAGCAUCAACAACAGGCCUAACAACCUGCGCCUUAAAGGGUCAGAUCAGCUCAACAAGCACGGGCAAGGGGCAUCAGAGGACAAUAUCAUUAACAAGUUUGGAUCAUCAGCUAAGAUGACCAAAAGGAAAAACAAAGACCUCAAAAAGACCAUCCCUGAGGAUGUGCGUAAAAUUUAUGAGACCUUCCGAAACUACUCCUUGGAUGAAGAAAAAAAGGAGGAGGAGACGGAGAAGAUGUGUAAUUCUGAGAACUCUUCUAGCACCGCAGUCCUGACCAACUGCAUCCAGCAGCACUCAGACUUGGAGAAUGGAGUGAUCCCCAAUGAAACCAAAGAAAGGGAACAUGAAAACAAAACGUUACUUGAAGACAGAAAUUAAAUGUAAACCAUGCUUGACUUGAAUUAACAAUGUUAAUGUUUUUAUAUACGUAUAUAUAUUGAGACACGUGCCUUAUACAGACUCCUUAUUCAGUCUGAAUUAUAUAGCAUCGAAGAAUAUUUCACUGUGCCAUAAAGACUCAAGCUUGCUCUGCCAAAACAAUUCAGGAACGCAGCACUGCAGAAUGGCAACAGAAAGCUACGCACAUGGAAAUUUCAGCUUGUGUAAGAUUACCAGGACAAGACACAAAGGAAGAGACUGAACCACGGCAAAUCACCAGAGUGCUCCUGCCAUGGCAUAAUACGAGACAAAGGGCAGCUAUGUAAGAAGAGCAUUUGAAAGGGAUGAAGAAGAAAGUGUCUUUGUGAUGAAGUACGCAUCUAUAAAGCCUUCCCCUGGUGAUUAAAAAGAGGAGAAAUGAUUGGAGUGAACUAGAAACUUUCAGUAAGGCUUAGUUU